AUGGACGAGCACAUUUGGAGAGAAACAUUUCAAAGUGAAAUGCAGUAUAAAGGAAUCCAUGAUCGGUGGGACUUCUCUGUGGAUGAACAUUUCCAGGCACAGAAGGGUUGGCUUCAAUAUUCAUUGUGCGGCUUUGCCAGGAAGAAAACAAGAGAAAUUAUACUGAACAUAGUGAAAAUGAGUGUGUCAGCGUGGAAAGAAGAAUUUUUUAAUAAGAUCAAAGAAUCAGAAAUCACAGAUGAAUGGAAACUCAUAGUUGAUGAAAAUCUUCUAAAGGGGGAUAGAGGAUUGUAUUAUACACAGCACACAUUUGGCGGAUUUAAUUGCUCAAAGUGUAGACACCACUGGAAAUCAUCAAAAGUGUACAUAUUAUUCCUGAUGAACCUAAAUAACACCUCAAAACGUGGAACUGUAAAAAUGAGGAUUUUCAGGCAGGAAUGCAAAACCUGCUCUGAUGAUCUAUUUGAAAACGCCACAAUUACACAUGAAAAUAUUCAAAGAGUUGUCAAGAAUGUGGUCACAAAAAUCCAAACAAAAUUUUACAAGCAGUAUGAUCCAAAUGAGGAUUUGAAGCCAGUAUCCUCAGGCAGGUCGGAAGGUCCACAUGAUAAAGAGCAUUGUGAAGCCUGCAAAUACAAUUUAUGUGACUGGCAGGUGCAACCUGGUGAAAAUCAAGAGGAUUUGGCACUCCGAGGACUUUUUUCAGCUAAUGCUUUAGCUAAUGUGUGCCUUACUCUCUAUGUUACUCUCUAUGUUACAUUCAGCAGCCCCAUCAACUUGUCACUACAGCACCCACUGAGAGACUACAGGGGAUUUACCGGUUACGUGUACGAUGGGAUAUCUGCUAUCGCAUGGGAAAGAGUCUUUCACAGACUGCUAGAGGCCACCACGGGCGUGGCUACCAAUUGGAAUGAACAGAGCUGUGGCGCACAUGCACAGAAUGAAGGGGAGCUGACAAGUACUAUGUCAGUGGAAGUCAACAACUGCAGAAAUCACAUUGACUGA